GGAAGCCAUUAGUAUCUUAAUAUAGGACUUCUCUCAGCGUUCCUUAAUACAAAGAACAUGAAGAAAGAGCCGAAGAUAGGCUGCGUGGGCUGGUUAACUGCUAUAGUCGUUUUCCUGACUCUUCAAGUGUGUAUCUGCACAGAAAUAAUUGGGGGCCGUAAAGUUAAACCACAUUCAAGACCUUACAUGGCAUCAAUCCAGAGUCAUAAACAACAUGUUUGUGGUGGUGCUUUAAUCGCGCGGAGUUGGGUUCUGACUGCAGCGCACUGCAAAGAGUUUUGUCAAAUAAAAUAUUGUAGAGUGGUCCUUGGAGUAGAUUUGCUUUCUAAGAAACAAAAAGGGAGGACGACAAUAGCAAUAAGGAAGAUGAUUCCUCACCCAGAGUUUAACUCAAAAACUCCAGAAAAUGACAUCAUGCUGGUUCAGUUGGCCCGUGAAGCUGCUCUGAACAAGUACGUGUCAACAUUGGAACUUCCUAAAUCAGGCGCCGAUGUCAAAGCUGGAACUGAGUGCAGUGUCGCAGGAUGGGGAACAACUAAUCCUAAAGUCCUGAAAGCAUCUGAUGACCUGAGGGAAGUAAAUUUAACCGUCAUUGAUAGGGCUGUCUGCAACAGUAAAGCAUACUAUGAUCUCAGCCCUUACAUAACAAAAGACAUGUUAUGCGUUGGUGAUGAGAAAGCUAGAAAAGAUUCAUGCAUGGGAGACUCUGGUGGGCCAUUAAUAUGUAUGAGGAGGAACAACAAGAAUGAGUAUACUGGGAUUGUUUCAACUGGAGGAGAGUGUGGAGCCCCGAAGGAGCCUGGCAUCUACACACGUUUAUCAAAGAAAUACCUCAGGUGGAUAAGAAUGAUUACAAAAAUGAACAACCAAAAUAUCACAAAGGAUGUGAUCUAGAUGUUCAACUAUACAUGAUUUGCAGUGUCUUUCCCCUUAAUUACUUAUUUACUUUAAGUAACUUUCUGAAUACUUUGCAUUUUUCCAAGAUCUCUAAUACCUGAAUAAAAGAUUUUCAAAGAAUUAUAUAAUGCUGAAUUGUAAGGACACUAAGUACCUCUAUGGGUUGAACUGAUUUUGAAUAAAUGAAAUAUAG